UAUGCAUGCACAUGCAGAUGACAAUUAAUUGGAAUGGGAGAGCGUAGAUCGAUUCGUACUUAAUUUCUCAAAAACAAUUAUCUACAUAAAUUAUGAAGUGGUAUUUUUGUUCUUUAAGUGAUUUUAGCAAACUCAUAACUGUAGCAAUAAUUAUUGCCUGUAAAGAUGAGGUGGUUACUGGAAUUGCUAUGAGUAUGCAUUUACGUAGGUUUCGCUUAAACUAUAAAUCUAAUAUCGAUGAGUCUCCAAGUCUUUGUUUCGGAAAUCGAUUAAUUUGGUUGCAUCUGUUUCAGUUAGAGGUAAUAGUUGUGUGUAUAUAUGCCCCGUUUACGAUAAUAUAUGCACUCGUAAAUAAUUGGAGUUUUUAAAGCAUUGUAUACGACGAUAUAAGCAUAAUAACAUAAAAAAUGUCACAAAAUUCACGUUCUCGGCAUAAUAACCGCCGAAAUCAACAAAAACAUAAAAGUGAUCGUGAUACUAAUUAUGGUGAGGAAUUGAAUCCCGUUGUAAAAGUAUUCCAGGAAUAUGCACUUGAGCUGGACGACAAACAUGAUCGAUAUGAACGGAUUGUGAAACUUAGCCGCGAUAUCACCAUUGAAGCAAAACGUAUAAUUUUUCUUUUACAUACCAUAGAUGGUAGAAAAAACAAUCGUUCUAAAGUACUAGAAGAAGCCGAACAACGAUUGACAAAAGUGAUUGAGGUAAAUUUCAAGUCUAUAGCUUUGGAGCUAACUGGACAGGAUCCCUAUCAAUACAGGUGCUCAUACUCACCGGGAUUACAGGAAUUCAUCGAAGCCUAUAGUUUUAUGGAGUAUUAUAAAAAUGGUGCGGACGAAAUGUCAGGCACAAUGUCGGAUUGGAUGGUUUUGCAACAAAAAAUGCAAUAUGAACGAGAUGAUAAACUUAAUACAAUCAAAGACGAUUCUCAGAAAUCAAUAGAUAGCCCAAAUGAAGUGGAUAUAGAAAAUGAUAUUAAAACCGUACCCCAAAAGUUUGAAUUUAUUGUUGACCCUACAGAAUACAUUUUGGGAAUAGCAGAUCUAACUGGUGAAUUAAUGAGGCGAUGCAUUAAUUCCUUGGGCAGUGGGGAAACGGAUGUGUGCUUGGAAACGUGCAAGGUUCUACAACAGCUUUACUCAGGGUAUAUAAGCCUUAAUGUACAACGUUCUCGAGAAUUAUCUCGUAAAAUUUAUACAAUGCGUCAAAGUGUUUUAAAAGCUGAAAAUGUUUGCUAUAACGUGAAAGUGCGUGGUGGAGAAGCAGCGAAGUGGGGUGCUGUGUUUGAAAAUAAAAUGAAUGAUGAUUUGGAUGAAGGAUUUUAUUAAAAGAAAAUUUGUAGCAACAAUAAAUGAUUAUUCACUCAAAUUCUAUUCAAAUUAAA